AUGUGCAUGUCGCACGUCACUGACGUCACCGAGGUGUAUCAAUGGCGUCCACUUUGUUCCAGUAUCAUCAUUUUUUAUCUCGUUAUCAACAAUCUAUUUAAUAAAUCAAUUAAUUUGACGGUAAAAUGUUGAAACCUGCAGGCCAACGACUUUAAUCAAUUUAAUCGAUAGAUUUUCAAUGGGUUAUCUCACAAUAUGAGGUGAAAAACUGGAGUCUUCGUGAAACGACGGAGAAGAGAAACAACAGGGAAGGAGAGUUUGUUCACGACACAUUAAACAAAAGAAGCUUUGGAUUGUGCUUAAUUGGCCAAAAUGUCGAAGCGUGCAGCUGCGGAUGGCGGAGACUCAACCUCUCAGCCGCCGAUAAAGAAGGUGCAAUUCGAGCCUAUUCUCAUUGGACCAAUAUCGACGCUUGAAGAGAUGGAUAUGAAGGUUCUACAAUUUCAAAACAAAAAACUCCAACAGAGACUUGAACAACGUAUGAGAAUGGAAACAGAAUUACGGCAGCGUAUUGAACAAUUGGAGAAAAGACAGACUCAAGAUGAUGCUGUUCUAAAUGUUGUUAAUAGAUAUUGGAAUCAACUGAACGAAGACAUUAGAGUCUUGCUUCAGCGAUUUGAUGCUGAAACAGCUGAUGAAUCUGAGAACAAAAACGAAUCUGAAGCAACUACUUCCUUUCUCAUGCAACUGUCCUCUUGGGACAAGGAAGAACUCGAUGACAAACUAGCCAACCGUGUACAAGUCUCCAAAAGAGCGGUAUCCAAAGUUGUACAGGCAUUUGAUCGGCUUUCUCAGAGAAAUGAAAAAAUUACCCUUGCACUUAAAGGAGAGUUUGAGGGAGACGACGGUCCGAAAGUAGACGACGUAGUGAGGAAAGCGAAUGCCGAGAUACAAAUGGAAAAUCGAAACUUACAAGCGAUAAAUAUACAGCUGCACGAGAAGUAUCAUACAAUAUCAUUGAAGAUGUCCGAGCUUCAAGAUACAAUGACCGGGAAGGAUACGUUGGCUGCAGAACUGAGGAACCAAGUUGACGAUUUACAAUACGAAUUGAAUAAAGUACGGGCGAGAAAUGACAAACUGGAACAUCAUUUAGGAGAGGCUAUUGAGAAAUUAAAAGCAUUUCAACAGUUUCACGGUACUGAUGAAAAAGGCUCGAAUAAGCCGAGUACACUUGUAGCAUCGAGCGUAUCGCAAACGAAACUCGAUGACUUGCAAAGGGAACUGGAAGAAUCAAGAGAAUUGGCAAAUAAUCGAUUACACGAAUUGGAUAAGCUGCAUCAGCAGCAUCGUGACGCUCUCAAGGAGGUCGAGAAACUGAAAAUGGAUAUCCGUCAACUUCCAGAAUCUGUAAUUGUCGAGACUACGGAGUACAAGUGUUUACAGUCACAAUUUUCUGUAUUGUACAACGAGUCGAUGCAAUUAAAAACUCAACUGGACGAUGCGCGCCAACAAUUACAAUCAAGCAAAAAUGCUCAUUUACGUCAUAUCGAGAUGAUGGAAAGCGAAGAAUUGAUGGCUCAAAAAAAACUUCGCAGUGAAUGUAUUCAACUAGAGGACGUCCUGGCUCAAUUGCGGAAGGAAUAUGAAAUGCUUAGGAUCGAAUUCGAGCAAAAUUUAGCGGCAAAUGAGCAAACUGGUCCCAUUAAUCGUGAAAUGAGACACCUUAUAACGUCUCUGCAAAAUCACAACCAACAGUUAAAGGGAGAAGUACAUCGUUACAAGCGAAAGUAUAAAGAAGCUUCGGUUGAAAUACCAAAACAAAAGAAAGAAAUCGAAGAAUUGACCGCAAAGCUUGGCCAGCAAAAUUCGCAAGAGAGCAAAGAAGGCAAUAACUCGGACAGCAGUGGAAAAGAAGAGGAUGCUUUGAAUUUACUUCCAGGCUCAAUGCAAAUCAAGGAGGAGACUGGGAUCGCAAUAAAGCGCGAAGCUGGAAUUGACGAGGAGGUUGAAACAAUUGAAGUUGGUGAUACCGCUGAAGGCUGUAAGGGAACUCCAGACUCUCUGACAUUGGCAUCGCCACUUCUUAAAAAAGAAAAGGAUAUUAAGAGAGAGAAGGAUGUAAAAAAGGAACCUAUCAAAUCGGAACACAGAGAUCCGGUUCACAGGACCAAAGAAACAAAAGUUGUUGAAUCCGAAAUAGUGCGUGAUCUUAAAGCUCAAUUAAAAAAAGCCGUAAACGAGAUGAAAGAGAUGAAGUUAUUACUUGACAUGUACAAAGGUGUUGGAAAAGAACAGCGAGACAAGGUUCAACUGAUGGCAGCCGAAAGAAAGACACGCGCCGAAGUCGACGAGCUUCGUCAGCAAAUUAAAAAGAUUCAGAUGUUCGACUUCCAGGAGAGUAAACGCGAAGAGCGAAAAAAAUUAGCGGACGAAGAUGCACAGAUAAAAAUUAAAAAAUUGGAGGAACAAGCUUACACCCUGCAACGGCAGGUCGCUUCACAGAAACAGAAUUGUGUCUGGCUGCAGGAAGAGGAGGCUCUUCUAAACGAAAUGGAGGUCACUGGUCAGGCCUUUGAGGAUAUGCAAGAACAAAAUUCUAGACUUAUACAGCAAUUGCGGGAAAAGGACGAUGCUAAUUUCAAGCUCAUGACUGAGCGAAUAAAAAGCAACCAAUUACACAAACUAGCCAGAGAAGAAAAGGACGUUCUCAAGGAGCAGGUUACAACGCUUACUACCCAAGUCGAGGCGGCCAAUGUUGUUGUUCGUAAACUCGAGGAAAAAGAACGUCUGCUUCAAAACUCAUUAGCCACAGUGGAAAAAGAGCUUGCUCUUCGACAACAAGCAAUGGAGAUGCACAAACGAAAAGCCAUCGAAAGCGCACAAUCAGCCGCUGAUCUUAAACUUCAUUUAGAAAAGUAUCAUUCGCAAAUGAAGGAAGCUCAACAAGUUGUGGCAGAAAAAACAAGCUCGCUUGAAGCUGAAGCAUACAAAACAAAAAGACUUCAGGAAGAAAUUGCACAGUUGCGUCGCAAAGUCGAGAGAAUGAAAAAAAUCGAGCUUGCAGAAACUCUAGACGAAGUAAUGGCUGAGGAGUUACGAGAAUAUAAAGAAACGUUAACAUGCGCAUCUUGUAAAGUUAAACGAAAAGAUGCUGUUCUAACAAAGUGUUUUCACGUCUUCUGCUGGGAUUGCUUGCGUACGCGUUAUGAGACGCGUCAAAGAAAAUGUCCAAAGUGCAAUUGUGCUUUUGGUGCGAACGACUAUCACCGUCUCUACCUCUCAACAUGAAAGAAUAAAACCAUCACCAAUAAUUAUAAUGUUACGUGGCCCCUGAUAAUCAUGUCAUUUCGUCCUCGUAGACAUAAUCCCAAGCCGGCGGUACGUUUUUUUUUUCGUCGAUAAACAAUUGUAUACUUUAAGAAAUAGAAACAUUGUGAAGAAGAUGACAGCCAUGUAUGUAACCUCUCAUGCUCAGUUUUCAAGUUUUGGUACCCAAUUUUUUCGUAAACAAAGAUUUUAUAACACAUCGCGAAUAUUGGUCAGUGCGUAUUCUAGAAAUUUCAAAAGAAUAAGGCCCAAUUACAAUAUCUAUAAUGACCGUAUAUUCAAAUAACUUUCAAUAUAAAUGUUAACAAUUUUUGCAACUUUAUUUACAGGCGCGCAUGACUUCAACGUAAACCUUAAAUAUAAAUAGCAAAAAAUAAAUGUCUAUCAAGAGGAGGCAGAAGGAAUAAAUAAUUCCAAAGUCAA